CUUCUCUAUAUUCUCUAUAAGUGCGGAAAAUUUGAUACUCCUCCGUCCGCGCAAUUUUCGUAAAAAGGGAUACAAAGUUUUUGCUUCACGUAUUAAUAUAUAGAUUUUGAGGGUAUAAUAAUAAGAAAAAGCGAUGAAGUCAAACGUGCAAAAGCAAUAAGAUGAUACGUGCAUUUUCAAGGUUAAAGUUCAUAAUGGGUCAUUUGACCCGUUAUGGUAUGUUUAGUUUUAAACUACAUCCCACGCAAGGGUGACAAACAAAACGCUCGACCCCCAAUCGGGCGAGCAGACGAGAGAUCCCACUAACGGCCGGUCCCAAUAUCGGAUCCUCGAUCUUUUUUCAGCGAUCUCGGAUCGAAAUUUCAAUCCAAAAAUUACAAAACUGUUUCAAUAACCAAACCACAGAUUGCUUUGGCAAUCCGAAAAUGCAAUCAAUCUGCUAGAGGGCGUCAAUCCAUUUCUGCCACUUUUUGGAUCGCCCUCUGUUGGAAAAAGUCUGUAGUUGGGUUUCAAUAUUCGAUCUUUCGUUUUUGACAAAUCUAUUUACGGCUAUCUGCAAUCUAUUUUUACGAUCCUAAAAUUUUGGUCGAUUGCAAGCAAUCUUUCGGAUUAUUUACUGUUUACAAAAUAUUUAUUUAGCUUAUCAAUUACUGAUAGAAUUAAAAUAAAGAACAUAAUGGCCGGAACUUUAAUGUCUAGUGAUAGUGACAGUGAUCUUGAAGUGCUGGAGCAGCUUUCAGAUUGGGAUAAUGAGGAUACUGAUGGAGACGAAGGUCCAUCAGGAUCACGAAGAAGCUAUUGCCGUAUUGAUUAUACUCAGUGCCUAACUGAUGCUGAAUUUACAUUUAGAUUUCGUCUUAACAAAGCUGCGGUACAGUUACUUUUAUCGGAAAUAAUGCCACAUGUAAAAGUAACCUGCAAUCGAAAUCAUGGAGUUGCACCACUUCACCAGCUACUCCUAACCCUCCGAUUUUAUGCAUUGGGUACAAUGCUAAUUUCUGUAGCGGAUUUCGUGGGCGUGUCAAAAUCGACCGCCAGCAGAAUAGUUCACGAUAUAUCUGGAGCUAUAGCCAUACUGUACAAUAAAUACAUUGUAAUGCACCCUAAUCACGUGGACAAGUUUUUUCAAUAUGGUCAGUUCCCACGUGUCCUGGGUGCAAUUGACUGCACUCACAUACGGAUACAAUCUCCAAAUCACACAAUAGGCGAAGAGUUCAGAAACCGAAAAGGCUACUUUUCAUUAAAUGUUCAAGCAGUUUGUGAUGCUGAUUUGAAGUUUAUGAAUGUUGUAGCCCGGUGGCCUGGUUCUGCACAUGAUGCUACUAUAUUUAAUAAUUCUGUUUUAAGAGCUCAGUGUGAAGCUGGGACUUUUGGGAAUCGCUGGUUGCUGGCUGACAGUGCCUAUCCAAACAGAUGCUAUAUGUUGACACCAAUUUUAAAUCCUAGUGCUAGAAAUGAACAAAAAUAUAAUGAUGCACAUAUUGCAACAAGAAACCUUAUUGAAAGAACCUUCGGUGUAUGGAAGCGACGUUUUCCAGUGAUCUCAUUAUCUAUGCGCUUAUCACUAGAAAACAUUCAGAAAGUUAUAAUAGCUACAGCAGUUCUACACAACAUCUGUAGAAUUCAUAAUUUGCAAGAAACCCCAGCAGAGGUACAAAUACCAUUCCAAGCAAUGGAUGAUGAUGAUCUUCAAACUGUGGGAGUACAAGAUAGCAGGGAUAGAACAGAAUUAAUAGAAGCCUACUUCUCAACUAUGUAGAGUGCAAAAGUAACUUAUAUAGUUGAGAAUUAGCUCCUUCCGGUCUUAACUUGGAAGUAUUAAGAUAGUAAAAUAAAACCUUUUUGUAUGUAA